AUGAUAAAAACUUCGGUUACUCAAGCGGAUGUUCAUCCUGAUGAGUUGGUCAAUUCUACAGUUACACAAGGAUACCAUUCUCAACCCCAUUCUGCGCCAUCCUUGACAUUCAGCUCAAUAUCAGUUAUCCCCAGAGCUGCACACAUACGCCUCACUCAUCCUGCAACAGAAGAGCCAUGCUCGUCUCGCUUUAACGUUUCGCCAACCCCAAAAUGUAAGUAUUCUAAAGAAGCACGAUCCAAGUUCUCAAGACCCCAAGGCAUCUACCUGUGCGAUGGUCUGGACAUAGGGGAUGACCUGGACUUGGAUCUUGCUGACCUUGCCAGCCUGGAUCCUGGCAGUUCCGAGGAUUUUGAUGAUGAACGGUCCAUGUCGGAGGAGGAGAAGAGGCCAUCGAAAUCCGCUCUGGCCGCCAAAGCGUUGCAUUGGAUUGUCUACCAACUCACGGCAGCUCAUCUUCCAGACUCCCAUUUAAUUUGCAGGCUGCAUUCAGUUGCCGGUAAUAAUGAUGCCAGAUCAAAACCUGGAAUUAAGGCUUGCCCCUCAUCCAAUGCGGAAAAUAUUGCAGAGCCUACAGUCCUCUUCAAGGCUGUAGGUGAGUCUGGUGUAGAGGAGCAGAUGAAAAUCGAUCCGUUAGAUGCCCUACCAACGCCUAACGCCCUCCCUUCAAGUGCUCCUCUGAUCCGGCUCCGUCUGCUUCAGGUAUCGGCUCAACCCGCCUCGAUAGUCCCUUUGGGUUCGGUUCACCACCCAAUUUCACUCGGUCAGACGGCCAAUGUUGACGUUUGCGAGUCGACAACCACAUCGGUCAGUAUUAGAUGGAGCCACUGCCCUGACACCAAUGCCAAAGAGCGGUAA